GAUAAACUGGUUAAUUACUGGAGUUUUAAUUCUGAGUUUACAACAGAUCAGCUCAUCAAGUUUGCUAACGAAGUUGAAACAGUUUUAGGGGUUGAACCGAGCGAGGACGACGACUUUCUGUACUAGCGCUGGUCUUAGCUUUCUUUCUCUCUCUCCCUGUACUGUACUGCUGAUGUGGAUUGCAGUUGGGGGUUUAGGCGGGCCCUCCCUUUGUUCCCGUCAUGAGUAGAAGGAAAAAAGAAACCAACAUAGAAAGCUCCACAGGCUUCUCUAACCCCUCCGAUUUAUCCCUAGAGGAACUCGAGUCCAUUUCUAUCACCUCCCUCGAGACAAUCAAUGACUCCCUACUAUCCAAUUUAAACUGGAACCAAGGCGCCAUUGGAUUACUUUGGCCUCACCCUUAGCGCGCAGACAAUCAAAAUGUAGCCUCAGGCAACCUAGUACUACGAGGAAUCCUUUUCAACACUAAAACCAUCAACGCCAACCAUAAAUCAUUAUGAAAAAUUCGAUAGAUUUAUAAAUACCACACUUAAGGGAAUGAAGUUGAAACAAAGAAAACGGAAAAAUUGGAUUUGUAAUUAUAGCAUUUGCAACAGUGAGUUUAAAUGCUUACAAGGUACGUUGACUGUAAAAAUGUAAUAAUCUAUUAUUUUCAGAAAAUGAGUAAACCCUGUAAAUUUUACAUACAGGGUUACUGUAGAAAUGGAGGAGGAUGUACAUUCUUACAUACACAAGUAACACAUGAACAGCAUGGAAACAUAUUGAAAAAUUUAGCUGAGACUAAGAUUGGAGAAUUAAAUCAUGUUGGACAAAGGAUGUUCUCCAGAUCGGACAAUAUAAGAGGUUUGAAGGAGAAGGAUAGAAAUCUAGAAGUAGAAGAAGACAAGAAAAAAGGAAGGUCUAUUAUCAAUGGAAGAUUGGAUGAAGAGAAGAAAAGGAGAAACAAAUAUUCAUCCUCUGAGGAGGGAUCAGAAGACGAAACUACAGGGAAAACAAAGGUUGGAAUAAUCUCUUGCAUCUGCCUGUAUCAAACCUGGGACCCAGAGAUGGUUAAAUGUUUAUCCUGUGGAAACUAUUCACACAGCAUUUGCUAUGGUGUUAACUUAGAAGCAAAGCACACAUGCAUAUAUUGUGCAGUAGACUGUGGAAAUAUUUGCGGUAAUGUUGUUAUUGAUGAACAUUUUAAAAAAGAAAAAAGAUCAUACAAAGAUAAACAGAAAUUUGUGUUUAAACUGAAUAAGAGGAGAGUUCUUAAAUCUAUCCUCAAACAAGAGUUUAGAACUUGCCAGCCUGGAGAAAAUCCAACAAUAGAAUUCCUAAAGAUCCGCUUCGGCUUCUCUGGUUCUUACGCAUCAAAAAUUACACUAGAUCUGGUAAACAAUGGUUAUAUCAAGUUCUUUGGUGGCUUUUCUUUUGAUGCAUCAAAAAUACUGCAAGAACUGGGAUAUGGAGAGGAAGAAAGAUCACCAGGGGCUGAUCAGAUUGACAGAGAAACUGAAAUUGGUGCUUGUUGCAGCAAACGUCAAAUUAAUGUAGAAAAAGUAGGGAAGAUACCUAAAACAGGUGAACAGGAAAAAAAUAGAGAGAAAGAGUUCAAGACAGAAACUGGUGCAAGUUCAAAAAUAAGAAAAAAAGGGAAGAUUUUAGGGAAAUAUAAACCUAAAGGAAACAGAGAUAAUGGAAGGAUGUUAACUUCUCUUCUCCCUCUGAUGAGUGUACUAACACUGGACAAUAUGUGUACUGAUAUAAUCAGGCAUAUUCUUCAGUUCCUGGGUAUCAGAGAUAAAAAGAUGCUUAGGGGAGUGUCCUCUACUCUCAAGAACAGAAUUGAAGGAUGUGGGGAUAAACUGGUUCAUUACUGGAGGUUUAAUACCGAGUUUACAACAGAUAAGAUCAUCAAGUUUGCUGAUGAAGUUAAAACAGUUUUAGGAUUUGAAGCAGAAGAUGCUGGAGAUGAUGGUGUUGAGUAUCUUGUGAAGAAACAUCCUGAAAUUCUCAUGUUUCAACUUGGAAAAGAAAAUUACUGGGAAACAAGUGAAUUUACAUCAACUGGAUUAAAUCAAAUAUUCUCCCUUCCAUCCUUGUCUACCUUGAUUAUAAGAGGAAGGAUUAAAUUUAUUUCUGGAAUAAAUGUCAACAUAGUUUCAAAGCAACUCCAAACUCUACAGCUGACUAGCGAAUAUAGAAGUCUAAAUAAUGACUGGUUUCUACAAAUAUUGAAACAGUGUGGGAGUACUCUUAAAUCAUUGACCUUUCAGAAUACCAAAAUUACUGAUGAAAUAUUGACUGAAUACAAGGGAACCCUGCCUUGUUUAGAGAAUCUGGACCUGUGUGGCUGUAUACACCUUACAGAUAAUGGACUGCUGCAGAUACUUCAUCUUUGUCGAAGUACACUUAGAUCCCUGAAUAUAUCAGGAGCAUUUAUAAAUGGAGAAAAUCUGUCUGAAAACAAGGGAACGCUGCCUUGUUUAGAGAACAUGAACAUGAGAAAUUGUUUUAAACUCACAAACAAAGGAUUACUACAAUUACUUCAGCUUUGUGGAAGUACACUUAGAUCCCUGGAUAUAGAGUUUACUUAUAUAACGGGAGAAAAUCUGUCUAAAUACAAAGGAACCCUGCCUUGUUUAGAGAACCUGAACAUGAUUUCCUGUAAACAACUCACAGAUAGAGGACUACUGCAGAUACUUCAGCUUUGUGGAAGUACACUUAGAUCCCUGGACAUAUCAGGAGCAUUUAUAACUGGAGAAAAUCUGUCUAAAUACAAGGGAACCCUGCCUUGUUUAGAGAACCUGAACAUGAUUUUCUGUAAACAACUCACAGAUAGAGGACUACUGCAGAUACUACAGCUUUGUAAAAGCACACUCAGGUUGAGUUUAGGGUUUACAAAUAUAACUGGGGAAAAUCUGUCUGAAUACAAGGGAACCCUGCCUUGUUUAGAGAACCUGAACAUGAAAUACUGUGAACAACUCACAGAUAAAGGACUUCUGCAGAUACUACAGCUUUGUAAAAGCACACUCAGAACCCUGAAUUUACAUUGCACAAAUGUAACUGGAGAAAAUCUGUCUGAAUACAAGGGAACCCUGCCUUUUUUAGAGAACCUGGACAUUUACUCUAAUCAACUCACAAACAAAGGAUUGCUGCAGAUACUUCAGCUUUGUGGAAGUACACUUAGAUCCCUGGAUAUAUCAGACACAAAAAUAACUGGAGAAAAUCUGUCUGAAUACAAGGGAACCCUGCCUUGUUUAGAGAACCUGGACAUUUGCUGUAGUCAACUCACAAACAAAGGAUUGCUGCAGUUACUACAGCUUUGUGGAAAUACACUUAGAUCCCUGGAUAUAUCAGGAGCAAAUAUAACUGUCGAGAAUCUGUCUGAAUACAAGGGAACCCUGUCUUGUUUAGAGAACCUAAACAUGAGUGACUGUAGACUCCUUACAAACAAAGGAUUACUACAGAUACUACAGCUUUGUGGAAGUACACUUAGAUCCCUGGAUAUAUAUGGUACAAAUAUAACUGGAGAGAAUCUGUCUAAAUACAAGGGAACCCUGCCUCGUUUAGAGACCCUGAACAUGGGGUACUGUAAACAACUUACAGAUAAAGGACUGCUGCAGAUACUUCAUCUUUGUGGAAGCACACUCAGAUCCCUGGUUAUAUCAAAUACAAAUACAAAUAAAAAAAAUCUGUCUGAAUACAGUGACAUUACAAUUUUUUAAUUUGUUUUCGGCUCCGUCAUUUAACCUUUACAUUGAAAAUGUUUAAAUUAUUAGAUUAACACAAAAAAUUAAUGGUUUGUAAA